GUCUGGUGGGUUUGGGGUUUUGACUGCAAUCAAUCUCUCUCUCUCUCUCUCUCUCUCUCUGUGCUGCUGUUUGACACUGCUAGAGCCUAGAGGGGCUGACACCAAGCUUACACUCUUUCUCUCUGCGCCAUCUCUUCUUUCACUCUUCUUCCUCUCGCUUCUCUGCCCUUUUCCCUUCUCUAUCCCUCUCUAAAGUUUCCAUCUUUGUUUAUUCAUUUUUUGAUCUCUCUCUCUCUCUCUCUCUCUCUCUCUAGUUGUGUGUCUGUCUGUGCCUGCUUCUAUCCUUACUGGAAACAAACACGAAAUGGAAUCUCCUCUAUCUUCUCUCAGAUCUCUAUCUCUACCUGUAUUGGUGACUUUGUGUUAAUGGAUUGGAGCUCUAAUGGUGAUCGAAAUUGGUACUGUGUUAAUUUUGAUGUGGCAAGUUGAGGCAUAUACUUCAUAGUGAUCAUUGCAAUGGGGGGGCUUUGCUCGAGGAGUUCUUCUGUAGAUAAUGCUCCCAGUGGAGGCUUUCCGCAUGUGAAUGGACACUUUAAUGCCUCUGGCUUGGUUUAUCAGUCUCGUGAAUUGAAAAUAAAUAGCAAUACAACUCCAUCUCCAGUUGGGGAGAAUGUGGAAAAUAAGCAAGUAAGAGAACCCUGUUCGUUUCCGGAGGUAAAUGUGGUUCCAGCAUAUGGGAUUAGCGCAGAUGAUAUUGAUGAUGGUAUUCCUCGUUUAUCAAGGGCUUUAUCAAAUAAAUCUAGAUCAACCAAGUCUAAGCAGGCAGCUGUUGCGAAGGUUUCAGAAGUGAGCUCGCUUUUGGGCAGAGCUGGGACUGUUGGGCUUGGGAAGGCAGUGGAAGUGUUGGACACACUUGGCAGUAGCAUGACAAAUUUAAAUCUCAGCAGUGGUUUUACCUCGGGAGUGACAACAAAAGGGAAUAAAAUUUCAAUUUUGGCUUUUGAAGUUGCUAAUACAAUUGUUAAGGGUGCCAAUCUGAUGCAAUCCCUUUCAAAAGAAAAUAUUAAGCAUUUAAAAGAGGUUGUGCUUCCCUCAGAAGGGGUGCAAAAUUUAAUAUCAAGAGAUAUGGAAGAACUCUUGAGGAUUGCAGCUGCUGACAAGAGAGAAGAAUUGAAAGUUUUUUCUGGAGAAGUGGUACGUUUUGGAAAUCGUUGUAAAGAUCCUCAAUGGCACAACUUGGACCGUUACUUUGAAAAGUUGGGUUCAGAGCUCACACCUGAAAAGCAAUUGAAGGAAGAUGCAGAUAUGGUGAUACAGCAAUUGAUGAAUUUGGUUCAAUACACAGCUGAAUUAUAUCAUGAAAUGCAUGCCUUGGACAGAUUUGAACAAGAUUACCGGCGUAAGCUUCAAGAAGAUGAUAACUCAAAUGGUCCUCAGAGAGGUUUCUCCUAUCCUAGUAUAAAAAGGAAACCCUGUACAAAGGCACAUACACACAUAGAUGGGAUGCCAUUUGCAAAUGUUAAAAUUACAGCAUACUUUGGUGCUCUAGAGCUUUUUUUAAUUUUCAUGUGCUGUGGCAUUCCUUGGUUGAGGACAAGGUGCAUCGAACAUAAAAACUGGAGAUUACAAGAAUCUAUUUGUGACAGCCUUGCAAUUUUGAGGGCAGAGUUGAAGACUCAGAGGAAGCAUGUGAAAAGUUUGAAGAAGAAAUCACUUUGGUCCAAGAUUUUGGAAGAGGUAAUGGAGAAGCUGGUAGAUAUUGUCCAUUUCUUGCACUUGGAGAUCCAUGAAGCUUUUGGUAGUGCUGAUGCUGAUAGACCGGUAAAAGGUUCGAGCUGUCAGAGAAAAUUGGGUUCUGCUAGUCUUGCCUUGCAUUAUGCAAAUAUUAUCACUCAGAUUGACACUUUGGUGUCCCGAUCAAAUUCUGUCCCUCCAAAUACAAGGGAUGCCUUAUACCAAGCGUUGCCACCCAGUAUCAAAUCUGCCUUGCGCUCCAAAUUACAAUCAUUCCAUGUAAAGGAAGAGCUUACAGUCACACAAAUCAAAGCUGAAAUUGAGAAAACUUUGCAGUGGCUUGUUCCAAUUGCUACUAACACAACCAAAGCUCAUCAUGGAUUUGGUUGGGUUGGAGAAUGGGCAAAUACGGGGUCUGAGGUGAAUCGGAAACCUACCGGACAGACUGAUUUACUCAGAAUUGAGACGCUGCACCAUGCAGAUAAAGAGAAAACUGAAGCUUACAUUCUUGAAUUGGUGGUUUGGCUUCACCAUCUUGUCAGCCAAGUAAGGGCUAGCAAUGGUGGAAUAAGAUCUCCAGUUAAAUCUCCAAUUUGCUCGCCCAAUCAGAAGACAAUUCAGUUAUCUACCAACAAGCCAAGCUCUCCAUCCCCAAUGCUGUCGGUUGAAGAUCAAGAAAUGCUUCGAGAUGUAAGCAAGAGGAAAAAGACACCCGGCAUAAGCAAGAGUCAGGAAUUUGAUACUGCAAAAAACAGGUUAAGCAAACACCAUAGGCUGACUAAGAGUAAUAGCCACUCUCCAAUGAGUGAAAGUAAAAAAGAUCCUUUCCCUAUAAGGAGGCCUUCAUCUGUUCCUAUCAUCGACUUCGACAUAGACCGAAUCAAAGCUCUGGAUGUUAUCGAUCGAGUGGACACAAUUAGAAGCUUAUGAUUGUAUCAGUAUGACUAGUCAUGAAAUUUAGGCAAAGAAAGGGGCCUGUGCUUGUGAAGGAGGAUCCCAUCUGAUGCAAUUUUUCCCUUUGGUUGGGUGGUGGUGUCUUGGUUCUGGUGGGAGAGAUCUUAUUUCUGUUGCUAGGUUUAUGAUGAGUGAUGCAAGUCAUUGGUUUUUUGAAUGUGAGAAUUUUAAGGUGAUAAAUGUUUUGCUCAAGGGGAAUUUAAUUUUUCUAGCAAAUAUCAGGCUAUAGUUUCUGCUUAGUCCUUAUAUGUACAGAAUACUUUAGUGAUUUUAUAAUAAUUUGAAGUUCAUUUCCCA